AGUUUGAGCUAAACUAGUAGCGGUUGUAGAUGUUGUGUUAUAGUUUUAGUUCCGUUCGUGUGUUGCUAUCGUAAUUCGGAUGGAAUUUCGAACGUGUCUAAUGGUGCUUUUUAUCGGUGCUUUUGCUGAUGGUGUCGGCGGGGUUGGAGGCCGCAUCACCCCGUACAAAGCUGCUAUCGAGUACAAGGGAAUUGUGUUCUGCGCUGGUGCGGUUGUGGAAACGACGUGGAUACUGACAGCUGCGAGAUGUUUAAUGAACAAAACUGCCUCAUACAUAACCGUCCGAUUAGGAGCAACGAACCCGAAAGAGGGUUUAUUAUUUGGAAUUAAAUCGUCGCACGUUCAUCCCAAAUACAACCUGGAAACAUCUCGACGAGCCGUGGGAUUGUUGAAACUCGGUACGACUUUGAAAUAUUCGCACAUAAUCGAUUCCAUUCCGAUGGUGAAGCCAGGCUACGGGAUGGAGGAGGGAACCAAAUGUACGAUCCCGAGCCAUACGUCGAACUAUCCGGACAUCAAAGCGAAGCUAUGGUCCAGGGAGCGCUGCGAAUUUGACUAUCCGAAAUCGUUCAAUUUCACAGAUGACGCGCUGUGUGCGAAAAUAUCGAAUGGAAACACGCACCACAGCCAGAACAGCGCUCGCAGAAAUCACUCGUGUAAUGAUCUCCAGCAACGCACCAACAUCAUGCUCGGCAGUCCGUUAGUAUGCGAAGGCAAACUGGUUGCCGUGGUGUCGCACAUCGACUGGCAAACUGCAACGGCAGCGGCAGGUCAAUGCGGCGGCACUACUGCUGUUGGAACCGUCGCUAUCGUGGACGAAGUCGAUGCCGCGGGGGCAAACAAGUCCGGUCUUCCCGAUGUGUUCUCGGAUGUCGCCUUCGCCAAUCAUUGGAUCAGUUCGCAUUUGUCCGACAAAAGAAAGCAGCGCAAGCAUACCGGCGGAAGGCGAAGGUCGUCGCACAGACAGUUCCAGCGGAGGAAUGGUGGCGCGGGGAGAUCCGCUGAAGGAAUUGCGAUUGUGGGGUGGGUGCUACUGCUGAACUAUUUUGUGAUCUCAUGAGGCGAACAUUUCGAUAAUAAAGUUUUCUU